GUACUUUUUAACGGCAACCGUGAGAGCCUUUAACAAUUUAAACUGCGAAGAAACAACUAGCGGGAGCGGAGUUACGUCCAUUAUUCUAAUAAUUUUGCUAUUAUUAAUUAUCUUUCUUUAACGAAUUCCAUUAAAAUCCAAUUUCUUACAAGAAAAUGGAAAAACGGAUUGACUUAGAAAGGCGGCUUAAAAGUCCUGACGAAAUCAAAGAAUUGGUUCUUGAUAAUUGUCGCAGCACUCAAAUUGUAGGUCUUUCGGAUGAAUUCUGUAACCUUGAGAUCCUUAGUCUCAUCAAUGUGGGUUUGACAAGCUUGAAAGGGUAUCCAAAGCUUCCUAAUUUGAAAAAAUUGGAGCUUAGUGAUAAUAGAAUAUCUGGAGGCUUAAAUUAUUUAAGUGGCAGUCCUAAAUUAGUUACCCUGAACCUCAGUGGUAAUAAAAUUGCUACUCUGGAUGCUUUAGAGCCAUUGAAAGAAUUCAAAAAUCUGAAACAUCUUGACCUGUUCAACUGUGAAGUUACUACGGUUGAUGGCUACAGAGACAAAGUGUUUAGUUUGUUACCCAGUUUACAGUAUUUGGAUGGCUUUGAUCAAAAUGAGAAAGAAGCAGAUGAUUCUGAAGAAGAGAAUGGAACUCAUGGUAAAUUUGAUGGCGAUAGUGAGUUAGAAGAUGAGGAAGAUGAAGAUGAAGAAAAUGAGGAGGAAGAAGAUGAGGAUGAAGAGGAAGUAGGAUUGGAACAUCUGCAAAAUUCUAUUGAUGAGGAAUCUGAAGGUGAUGAUUAUGACCCAGAUGGUGUGAAUGAUAGUGAUGUAGACAUUGAAGAUGAUGCUGAUGAAGAAGUGGAAGAGGACAAUCCUCGAGGACAGAAGAGAAAGUUGGACAGCGAAGACUAAGACCAGGAGUUUGAGCAGUACAUCGGAACUUGUGUAUAUAUCAUCACCAUUAUUUGGACAGUUUUAAUUCUUUGACAUGAAUGCCUGAAUAUCACUUAGAUUGACGUUUGAUUCUUUAAUUUUAUCUGUAUUGGCAUUGUAUAUUUUUUGAGCCAUUACAUACAAUAGUACUGUUUGUUUUUUAACAUUCUGUAAUGCAUGUAGAAAGCUCUCUUCCAGCAUUUUUCUUUUAUUUACCAGUCUGUAUUCAAAGUUUUCUUCCACUUGUAAAUUUUAUCUCCUAAUGUGUUACACUAUAGAUUUUUCCUUGUUGCUUGUGCUUUGUGUAAAAUAUUGCAAGUUGUAUGUACAACUUAAAUUUUAAAUAAAAUAUCUUUUUUAAACAUU